AUGUUAAACCCGGGGACCCGUCUGUGCGCUCUGCGGGCGGGUGUUAGAGAUCCCGCGGACCUAACAAUCUGUUGUUUAUUCUCAGGACCAGCUGAGGUUCCCAUGAUGUCACCCAACGGGUCCAUUCCACCCAUCCACGUGCCUCCUGGCUACAUCUCACAGGUGAUCGAGGACAACACGGGUGUGCGACGGGUGGUGAUCACACCUCAGUCCCCGGAGUGUUUCCCCCCCAGUUACCCCUCGGCUCUCUCCCCCACCCCACACCUGCCCCCCUACCUCGCACACCACCCCCAACUCCUGCCCCACUCGCACACAGCCUACUACCCCCCUGUCACUGGCCCCGGGGAGCUGCCCCCACAGUUCUUCCCGCAGCAUCACAUCCCCCCCACAAUCUACGGGGAGCAAGAGAUCAUCCCGUUGUACGGCAUGUCCAACUUCCUGAGCCGUGAGGAGACGUUCGGCAAACAACACAAGAAGCUGAAGAUCGACCGGCAAAACCGGCUGAACAGCCCCCCCGUCUCCAUCUACAAGAGCCACGUCGCCCCCUGCACCACCCUCUACAACGGCUACGGGAAACCCCUGGGCCUGGGCGGGGGAGGGGGAGGCACCCCCAUCAAGAAGACGGAACGGAGAGCCAGGAGCAGCCCGAGGAUCAACGAGCAGGACAUUCACGUUCCAGACUACGACAUGGAAACGAAACGGCUCCAAGAUUUGCUCUCGGGAGUGGGGAAACCACAGAUGUCGAGUGUACAAGCCAGGACUGUGCUGCUCACCUGGGCCCCACCCUCCGGCCUCAGCAAUGGUGACAAACACAGCUCUGGGCCGCCCUACACCUGCUGCUUCGAGGUGGUCCUGUCGGACAAGGGCCGUGAGGGCAAGUACAAGGUCAUCUACAGUGGGGGUGACCUGCAGUGCAGCCUGAAGGACCUGAGGCCGGCCAGCGAGUAUCACGUGAGAGUUUCUGCCGUCUGCAAUUCAAUAAAAGGAUCGUAUUCGGAGCCGCUCAGCUUCACCACCCACAGCUGCUCCCCCGACACCCCCGCACCCCCCAAACUCACCCACCGCAGCAAGAGCACCCUCACACUGCAGUGGAAGGCUCCGGCCGAAAAUGGCUACAAAAUCACCAGUUUCCUGCUGGAGUGGGACGAGGGCAAGAGGAACAGCGGAUUCCGGGAAUACUAUUGUGGGAACCAACGACACUGUAAACUCACCAAACUGCUCCCUGCAGUGGGCUACACCUUCCGCUUGGCCGCCUGCAACGAUGUGGGCACCAGCGGGCUGAGCCAGGAGUUGGUAUGUUACACUGCUGGUAACGUGCCGCUGACACCAUGUGUGCCACGCCUGGUGCGGGCCGGCGUGACCUGGGUCACGUUACAGUGGAGCCGCGCGGAGACCGGGGCAGACGAGCAGGUCACGUACUCGCUGGAAAUGGAAGACGACAGCACGGUUUGUGGGUUCCAGUCUCGCUACACGGGGGAGGAUCUGGUUUGCACGGUGACCGAGCUCCGCAGAAGCACGCAGUACAAGUUCCGGCUGACGGCCUCGAACGCGGAGGGGAAGAGCUGCCCCAGCGAAGUGCUCGUGUGCACCACCAGCCCUGACCGGCCGGGACCACCCUCCAGGCCGCAGCUCAGCGGCCCCCCAGCCUCGCACGGCUUCAGCGUCAAGUGGGACCCGCCUGAGGACAACGGGGGCUCGGAGAUUCUCAAAUUCCUUCUGGAAAUUUCUGAAGGAAGUUCUGAGGGCAGCCAAUGGGACGUGGUGUACAGCGGCUCCGCCAGUGAUCACGUGUGUGAGGGGCUGAAGCCGGGGGCGGUUUACAGGCUCCGUGUCUGCUGUAUCAGCACCGGGGGCCACAGCCAGUGCUCGGACAGCCUGACUGUCCGCACGCUCAGUGUGGCCCCGGGACCCUGCCAACCGCCCCGGCUGCUCGGCAAACCCCGGCACAAAGAGGUGCAGGUGGAGUGGGGCCCCCCGGAGGUCGGUGGUUUAACGGUGACGGAGUACAGCCUGGAGAUGAGUGAGGCCGAGCCCGCGGGUGGGGCCGAGGCCAUUGGCGGGGCUGGGGGCAGGACUGUGGUUUACCGGGGGGCGGAGCUAGAGUGCACCGUCACCAACCUGCUCCCCGGGACCACCUACCGCUUCCGGCUCAGAGCUGCCAACGAUGCUGGGUACGGCCCUCACUCAAACCACACGGACUUCACCACGGCAGCGGGACCCCCGUUACAGUGCCAGGCCCCGACGCUCAGCAGCAUCUUGCCCACCAGCGUCCAGCUCAGCUGGGAGAGCCCUGAGGAAUGCGGGGCUGACGUGACCGAGUACCGGCUGGAGUGGGGGGAGGACGAGGCCUCACUGGAGCUGCUGUACUGUGGGGCUGACACCAGCUGUGAGGUCCACAGCCUGAGCCCCGCCACCCACUACUGCUACAGGCUGCAGGCCAGUAACCAGGCGGGGGUGGGCCCCUACAGUGGGCUGCUGAGCCACACCACCCCCCCCUGUGUGCCCGCAGCUGUCUCUAACCUGGUGGUCCUAGGCUGCGAACACCCAGAUCCCAGUCUGGCGCCCACCACCACCUGCCUGGCCCUCAGCUGGGACGAGCCGGACCACAAUGGCUCCCAGAUCCUCUCCUACAGCCUAGCCCUGGAGGACAGCCAAGUCCCACUGGGCAACGUCACCAGCUAUCUACUGCAGGACCUGCUGCCAGACACAGCGUACAGGCUCCGGAUCCAGGCGGUGAAUGCGGUGGGAGCAGGACCCUUCAGCCAGACAGUGAGGACCAGGACACGUCCCCUACCCCCCACGCCCCCCCGGCUGGAGUGUGCGGCUUUGGGGCCCCAGAGCCUGAAGCUGAAGUGGGGGGACAGCAGCAACACCAAAGCCAUAGCUGCCGACACCGAGACCACCUACCUGCUCCAGGCCGAGGACAAGAACGGGAGGUUUCUGUCUAUUUACCGGGGCCCGAGCCACACGUACAAGGUGCAGCGCCUGACCGAGUCCACGUGUUACAGCUUCCGUAUCCAGGCCGGCAAUCAGGCCGGCGAUGGGGCGUUCUCCCCUGUCUUCACCUUCAGCACCAGCAAAUCCCUGCCCCCCACCAGCAAAGCUCCGCGGGUCAGCCAGCUGGACGGCAGCUCGUGCGAGGUCUCGUGGGAGAGCCUCCCGCCGAUGAGGGGAGAUCCCAUCAGCUACGUCCUGCAGGUCACGGUGGGCCGGGAGCUCGAGUACAAACAGGUGUACAAGGGAAAGGACACGACAUUCCAGCUCUCGGGACUCCAGGCGAGCACGGAUUACCGAUUCCGAGUGUGUGCAUGCCGCCGGUGCCUGGACACAGCCCACGAGCUGUCCGGGCCCUUCAGUCCCUCAGCCGUGUUCACGGUUCGGCGCAGAGACUCGGCCGUGCGGGGGGAGGGUGGGGGGGGCUCGGAGGUAGCCAAAGUCCGCAGUAUGAUGCCGAGCGACGAACAGUUUGCCGCGCUCAUUCUGACCGGCUUUGCCACCCUCUCCAUCCUGAUUGCCUUCGUCCUGCAGUACUUCAUCAUGAAAUAG